UCACAUGACAUCACUGUCCCGUCUGUUCUGGUACUUUUGUCAAUGCUUUUAACAACAGCGCCGUGAAUAGUCUUCUUCAUUUAGGCUAUAUAACAAUCAAACAACAACCGCAAAUGUGAUUGUGUGUAAAGAACAGACGUCGACGCUUUUAUAUGCGGGAUUUUAAUGAACCUGGACACACGAAAACCGGUUUUGUUCCUCUUGUUCGGUCUCAGAGCUGCGGAGCAUCACCUGAUUGGAGCUGAAAACUACUGAAUCUAUCAAAUCAUAUGUCAUAUCGGUCUUCUUCCACAAUGAAGACGGACAUCGCUUACAACCAGCUGGUGGACGUGGAGAGGAGGAGACAGGAAUCCAACAGGAAAGCCCAGCUGUAUUCCAGGUGUGUGAUUGCUCUGGCCACUGUGGCCACUCUGCUGCUGGCCGCCAUGGCCCUCUAUAACCUCCUGACACCGAGGGUUUCCUCCCCCCAUCCUGCCCCGAGCAGCAGCAGCAGCCUCCAUCUGCCCAAGGGCGAGUCCUGCUCAGACCCCUGCAAGAUCGUUCUGGUGGAGAGCAUCCCCGAAGGGCUGGAGUUUAACUCCAGCACCACUCACCCCUCCAUCUUCCAAGCCUGGACCAAUCUGAUGGCCGAGGCUCGCAGCAGCGUCGACAUCGCCUCCUUCUACUGGACGCUCACUAACACGGACACUGGCACUCAUGAGCCGACAGCCAAUCAGGGUGAGACCAUUCUGAAGACACUGGCUAAACUUUCCGGCAAGUUGUCUGUUCGUAUCGCAGUCAACACGCCACAGAAGGGUCAACCACAAGGCGACCUCCGACUGCUCAACAACUCAGGUGCUAAUAUCAGGACAGUUAACAUGAGAGAGCUCACCUCAGGCGUCCUCCACACAAAGUUCUGGGUUGUGGACAAGAAACACAUUUACAUUGGCAGUGCCAACAUGGACUGGAGGUCCCUCACACAGGUGAAGGAGCUGGGCGCCGUGGUCUACAACUGCAGCUGCUUGGCCGCCGACCUGGGUAAGAUCUUUGAAGCCUAUUGGUUCCUGGGGGAGAGUCAGUCCAUCCCAUCGCCGUGGCCCACCAGCUUCUCAACCCUCUACAACAAGGACACGCCCCUCCAGCUGCCACUCAACAACACGCCGUCCAACGUCUACCUGUCGAGUUCCCCUCCGUCCUUCUGUGCAGCCGGCAGGACUUCAGACCUUCAGUCCAUCCUCAGUGUGAUGGAGGAUGCCGAGAGCUUCAUCUACAUCGCUGUCAUGAACUACCUGCCCACCAUGGAGUUUUCACAUCCUAAAAAGUACUGGGCUGACAUCGACACCCAGCUCAGGCGCGUCGGGUACGAGAAGCGGGUCAAAGUGCGUCUGCUGAUCAGCUGCUGGGCCAGCACCCAACCGAUGAUGUUUCCUUUCCUGAAGUCUCUGGCCUCAGUUUAUGACCCCAAGAGCAAACUGGACAUCCAGGUGAGGUUGUUUGUGGUGCCUGCCAGCCCCAAGCAGAAGGAGAUUCCCUUUGCCAGAGUCAACCACAACAAGUACAUGGUGACUGACAAGAUCGCCUACAUCGGUACAUCUAACUGGUCAGGGGACUACUUUGUGAGCACAGCUGGCUCAGCAUUGGUUGUCAACCAGACUGCAUCACAGUCCCCGGAGCCAACCGUCCAAUCACAGCUGCAGGCUGUGUUUGAGAGGGACUGGAACUCCGAGUACAGCACUCCUCUCACCCAGGACUCAAACGUCAAAGACUUUUGUUAGAUUCCACAGUAUUACAAAAAAAAACAUAUCAGUGUGGACCCUUCUCUUCAACACAUAUUGCGGUGCUGUAGUUGCACAUUUAUUUUAGUAUUUAAACUCUAAAGCAUUUUGCACCAGUCGGCUGAAACAAUUGUUCACACCAUGAACAUGGAAACUCUUGAGCUAAGAAAUCAGCCAGACGGCCUCUCAGCUGAGCGGAGUUUCCCCGGUUUGCUAAGGUCCAAAGGAAGAUGGACUUCCAGUAAACCUGGCUUAUCACCACUUUAGUGCAAGUAAUGUUCCAUUUAACCAGUGAAAUGCCAAGUACUGCCAAGGGUUAUUCUUUUUUAUUUUAAGGUAAUAAUUACUUUGCCUCUCUUUGCUGUUUACUAUCAAAGCUGGCCCGGGAUUCAAACUACAUGUGUGGGUUAUACUGUAGGUCAGAUCACAUUUAAACUACUCUUUAGUAACAUCGGAUCAGAAUGCUCUGCGACAUGUUGCCGGCAUUGACAACCCAUGAACAGGCAGUUGUUGCUUUUUAAAAAACUCUCUCUUAACAAACUUGUACGUUUCAACUUGUGUUUUCCGACAUGUAGUGCCAGCAGCAGAAGGGGGCACUGUUUCAGCUUUUCAGUCAGGUCUGUUUCAUGAUGGUCUAUAUCCUCGACGUUCCACUUCUGGGAUUGCUCCGGUGCUGCAGGAAAUUCUGCCGGAUGCAUGUAUUUUCUGUUUCCUUCCACUUUCUUUGUGUUGGAAUUUUAAAUUUGGUGGAUUUCUGAGGACUAUGGUUAACUGCUCCUCAGAUCUCUGCAGGGUAAAUCCAGGCAGCUAGCUAGACUAUUUGUCCAAUCUGAGUUUUCUCUCGCACGACUAUUUUGCAGCAGCUCUGUGCAGAGUUUAGCGACGAUUCUGACUGGUUUAAAGAAAUGUCAAUAAACCAGAGCAGGUUUUCCUCCCAUCCUCGAAUGCUAUGUGGACUAGCCAGACCCUCCUUCAGAGCGCUUUGGAGGAGGGUCUGGCAAAGCGAGACUAGUUUCAUGAUGAGGCAUAAUGAUUUUUUUUUCAACUAACUCCCAAAGUCAACAUGUUACGUGAUCCAUCGAUUGAUCACUCUCUAGUUUAUAAAAGACAAUCACAAUGCAUUCAUUUUCUACAACAUCCGCCUCAGUGGAAGUUGUUUUUAUCCCAGCUAAUCUCAGGGAGUAAAGUUUGAUUUUUUUCGUAAUUGAUCAUUUCAUUUUGCCAGAAUAAUUAAUGUUCCAGCUGGUGUGCUGUGCCUGUGCUGUAAAUGAGAAACAGCCGUUUUUAAAAUAAAUAAAUUGAAUACUUAAGUCAGCAGUGCGCACAAUAGAUUGAAAGUUUGCUUUAAUUUCCACUGUGUGGAGUUUUUGAAACUACCAAUUAGUGAGGAGGUGGUUGUUAUGGAAACUGUCCAAAGAAGCGUGUUUACCAGUAGCCGGGAGCUUAUAUAAAAAAAAAAUAAAGCUCUGGGGCAGUUAUUGUCAACAUGUUCUUAUCUCCUUCCUCUUUAUAAAGAAAUUACUCUCAAUAAAUGUCUUUAAAUCAAA